AAUGUAAAAAUGGUAGAUGUGGGUUAGGCCAGUUGGAUAGGGUAGUGAGUCCGUCCACGUGCACCCAAGUUCGAGUUCUCAUUCUUAGAGUUUAGAUUAAUUUUAGAGUAGUUUAGACUAUCGCUUGUACCUUAAAAAAAAGAAAAAAAAAGAAGGUAAAAAUGAAGUGGACAUUUGUCAGUUUCAUGUUUAGCCACAUGAAUUAGUUUGAAGGACCAAUGAAAAACAAGUAUCUUUCUCUUCUUUUGGCUGGUCACUCUGCCAUAAAUACAUAAUCGAUGUGCUAUGAAGAUUUGGAGUACAAACCAAGAAGAUGGAGUUGGAGGAGUUGGGAGGACUGGAGCCAGUGAGCCCAAAUGGUCAGUACUUCAGUAGCGAUGCGUUAUCUCUUUCGUUUCUUGCUGUUUUGGAAUCUGAGAUUCCAAUCGAUCUGGAGUCUCAAUCAAUGUUUUUGCUUAAGAACGUCUUCCUCCCCAUUAGCCCGCGUUUCUCCUCUAUCAUGGUUGAAAAUAAUGGAAAGAAAGAGUGGAAAAGGGUCGAAGUGAAGCUUGAAGACCACUUGCACAUCCCUACUUUCCCUUCCAACUUGUCCCCAAAAUCAUAUGACAAGUAUAUUGAUGACUAUUUGUCAAAGCUAUCAACAGAAAGAUUUCCACAAGGCAAACCACUGUGGGAAGUUCAUAUUGUCAACUACCCAACUAGCAAUGCAGCUGGGAAUAUAAUCUUCAAGUUUCACCAUGCCCUAGGAGAUGGCUACUCUCUCAUGGGUGCCCUUAUUUCCUCUCUACAAAGGGCUGAUGACCCUUCUCUUCCCUUAACUUUUCCUUCACAGCAGCGAUCCGAAUCAAAAGAAAACUUUGUGACUAAAACUUUCUCAGCUGUCGGCAACACCAUUUCAGACUUUUGGUCGGCCAGUUUAAAGAUCAUGAAGGAAGAUGAUCUAACACCAAUCAAGUCUGGUAAUGAUGCAAUUGAGUUUCGGCCAAGUACUGUAUCAACUAUGACAUUCUCUCUGGAUCAAAUUAAAUCAAUGAAGAACAAGCUUGGAAUGACUGUAAAUGAUGUUCUCACCGGGAUGAUCUUCUUUGGAACUCGGCUGUACAUGCAAGAGAUUAACCAAAGUUCAAGCAAAGCAGAUUGUACAUCAAUUAUGUUGAUCAACACAAGGCUCAUAGGGGAUUAUGUGCCGAUUGAGGAGAUGAUGAAACCCAACGGCAAGACGCCAUGGGGAAAUCGUUUCACUUGGGUGCACAUACCCGUACCCAAGUUAACUCAACUCUCAAAUGCUCUGGACUUUAUCUGGAACACACAAAAAAUAAUAAAGAAGAAGAGAAGCUCUUUAGCUGCUUAUUUCUCGAGCAGGCUGCUGGAGAUUCUGGACAAAUUUGGAAGCCAUGAGGCAUCCAGCAGAUACAUUCAUCACACAGUGAAGAACUCCAGCAUAGUAAUUUCAAAUAUGAUUGGACCUGUGGAAAAAAUGUCUCUGGCUAAUCAUCCAAUUAAAGGUUUAUACUUUUUGAUGGGAGGUAUACCUCAGGGCUUUCAGAUAACCAUUGUUAGUUACAUGGGAAAGGUGAGGCUAGGCUUCAAAAUGGAAAAAGGUCUCAUAGAUCCACAGAAGUUCAAGUCAUGCAUGCAAAAUGCCUGGGAAAUGAUACUCAAAGACUCCGAUCUGAUGCGGAACAAUUAAGAUGCUGCACAUGUCGAAGUUCCACCACUUUUUAAAAUAAAAGACUUUAUUUUCCAGCAUUUUUGCUUUUAAAAAAAAUGUCUUAAAAAAAAUGCCAAUUAAUUUUACUAGUGUUUUCCUCUUUUCGAUCGAGGCGGCUGACGGAAGCAACUUUUGGUCCUUCUUCUUUUAAUUGCGGGCGUGCCACCACUAAGCCAUGAAUUUGGGCAUGAAUGGAAUGUGAGUAGAUGGAUGUGUUGCACUUCUAACUUUUGAUAAAAUAAUUGAUCGACCAAGCAAGGAACCUCUUCUUGGCCUAGGUUCUUUCACUUCCUCGGGCUCGAGGAUGAUUAGGUUUUGUACGGAUGUUUUUGUGAUUUUUAGGGUUUUAAGUAAAAAA